UUAGAACAGUAUUUGGCCCAUAGUAAGAACUUAACAAAUACCAUUAUUAUUAUUAUUAGCUUGUGGAGAGCCCUCAUUCUACCGGUGAGGGAAAGGGGGGUAGGCUAUCAGUGACAACCCCUCUUGGGGUGUUUCCCAGUCACCACGACAGAUUUUGGGAUGUUCCACCCCGGCAUCACGGGAGGCGGCCCAGCUGACUGGGCGGAUGUUAGUAUUGCUCCACAGGACCACAGGCGGCAGCUCGGGGGGCCUCUUUUCUCAGGAACUGGGAGCGGUUAGAGGGUUAGGGGGAUGCGGAGAGAAGAGUCCGCUUCCUUCCCCUUUUCUUUAAUCUUGCCAAAAGCCUCAGUCUCACCAGAUCUCAGUCCCCCUCCGGCUGGUCUUGGCAUUUCCAUCCGACUGACAUGUGGAUGAUGACCUUUCUACUGGUUCUGGCUCUGGGCCUUGGGCGAGCCGUCGACCUCCCGAAGGCCAUGCUGACCCUGAACCCGCGUUGGGUCAGUGUGUUCAGGGAAGACAAUGUGACCCUGAGCUGUAACGGCCCCUAUUCCCCGGGGAACACCACCACCCGAUGGUUUCACAACGGCAUGGAAACCGGGACCCGGACCCCCACUUACAGCAUCUGGGCCACCACCUCCGAGGACAGGGGAGACUACCGGUGCCAGACGGGGGGCUCCACCCUCAGCGACCCCAUCAGGCUGGACGUCUACAGCGAUUGGUUGCUCCUGCAGGCCUCCGACUGGGUGCUCCUGGAGGGGGAUCAACUGACCCUCAGGUGCCGGGGCUGGAGGGACCAACUGGUCUACAAAGUGACCUUCUACCAGGACGGUACAGCCAGGAUCUAUUCCCUGAUUCCUACUGACUUCUUCAUCCCUCGGGCCAACAGGAGCCACAGCGGCUCCUACAACUGCUCUGGGAUCAUCAAGGAGGGUUCCUACGUGUCGUCGGCCCUCAACAUCACCGUCCUGGAGCUGUUCCCUCCGCCCAUAUUGAGAGCCGCCCCUUCCACCGAGCCCAGAGAGGGGAGCCUGCUGAACCUGACCUGUGACACUCGGCUGGACCCCCGCAGGCCGGACUCCCGGCUCCGCUUCUCCUUCUACAGAGACAACCGGACGGUGCGGGGCUGGGACGGCUCCCCGGAAUAUCGGAUCCCGGUGGCCGGGAGUGGGGACUCCGGCUCCUACAGAUGCGAGGCGGCCACGGACCCCCAGACCUUCUGGAAACAGAGCCCCGAGCUGUGGAUCUGGGUGCAACGUACCCCAUCCUGUUGUCCCCCAGUCUGGUUCCAUGCCCUCUUCUACCCGGUGGUGGGAAUCCUGUUUGCUUGGAGCACAUUCCUGUACAUCACACUACGAAGAAAGCUGCGCUGCCCCGUGAGAAAGAAGAUGGACCGGAAAUUCUCUUGGGGGUCCUACAUGGGGGAACAGGGGGAGGAGGAGGAGGAGUGGUAGGAGCCAUCAAGUCACCGGCAGCCCCCUCCGCCCUCCACUUUUCCUCCCCCUUUCUCAGUGUGCUUCCCUGGUUUAGCUCUCUGUAGCUCAUCCGUGGCUUCCUAGCCUCUGUUAACGAGUCACUAACGCAGCAGGUUGGGCCUUGAGGAAAAAGCCCAGGUCUGGAGAAUGUUUAGAGAUGUGGAGUUUGGGAAGGAAAGUUUCAGCCCUCACCCCACCCCUCUGGCUGUUCAGGUGGAAACGGGAGAAUUAAACCUGGACCUGGAUCCUGGGCUAAGAAGCAGCGUGGCCUAAUGGAUAGAGCACAGACCUGGGAGUCAGAUGGGGUUCUAAUCUCGAU